CCACCCACACUCCCAAGGAACAGCAGACACAGGAAGUCAAGAAAGGGAGAGACGAAAAUAAAAUCCAUAAAACGAGGAAGGAUGGAAGAAGAGGAAGAAGGAGGAGGACACGGAGGGAGACGUUGGUUUAACAAAAAGGAAGGAGGAGAAGGGUGGAGCUGUCACGACCCAGCCAAGCACACGGGAAGCGACUGUCAAUGGCGAGGAACACGAGAGGGAAUUGGCGACUCAUUGUGAACGUGGACGGGAAUCCUUCACUUCGCCAGACGACAUCAAUAGAGGAAUGUGCCAGGGAGGAGACGUCAUGCGACCUCCUACCCACUCUGGUGACGUCCCGCUGCAUCCAGAAACACGUCGUCCACAACCUCUUGUCCUGGGCUCCUGAGGAAGGAUUCUACGUUGAUUCCUACAGCUUGCCAAGUGCCUGCGUGUGUUAUAUAUCGCGGGUUGACCUUCACUUGCUCUAUACUUUUGUGGAGAAUUGGGACAUCCGUCACUGAAGUUUGGCCUUUUUAAUCACCGUUUGCGAAAAGUGUGGAUGUAUUGAAUGGCAUAUUUAAUAUUGUAAGUUAACAGAUUAUUUUUUAUACGAAAUACGUUGAAAUCAUACUUGCUAACUUUCAAAGUAAUGAAUCAUCGAAGUCUUUCCCUGAUAUUUCUUACAUGAUCACUUUCUACAUCCAUACUUACACCAGUUUUACUUUUGCGUAUAAAUCCUGUAAUAAAUAUAAAAUUCUGUAGUUACAGUACAAGAGUUUGAGGGCUGUCUCAGGAAGCUAACAGUCGGCAAUGCUACUGAUUACCGUUUUGAUUAAAUUAAAGCGGUUAGUACCAAUUAACUAGCUAAUAUACAGGCAACAAUAACGAUAACAUUCAGUAUCACUCUAGAAUAUGACUAGCGGUAUUUGUCGUCGCUCUAUGUUUAUUUAGUCAUUCCAAUAACAGCGAAAUCGAAUAUCUGUUUCAUGAAAUGUUAAAACUGUUCACAGGUACACUGCCAUGCCAUGACUAGCUAAUCUUCUGCCUUGUGCGAAAUGACUAUAGUUUCUAAAUCUAUGAUGUUGAAACAUAUCCAGUGUAGUUAUUAAAAAAUGCAUUAGGAAUAAAGCACUCUAUA